AUGGCUCCAAAUGCUAUGAAAAACAAACUUAAUGAGCUCUUGGAGAGUAAAGGAUGUUGCUUUAGACAGUGUGCUGAGGCUAAGAUCGGUAAGCAACUAGAAACAAUAGAACGAACUAUGAUGGCGAUCGUGACAAGUAUCCCUGGAAUAACACUUCUGAGGUUUCAUCAGCUGCCCGAAUUUGAUCAAGGGAAAAGAAGCUGCCGUAGACGCCUGGCGGGUCAUAAUGAGCGUCGCAGAAAGCCACCUGCUGGAUCUCUAUUGUCCUCGCGCUAUGGGAGCCUUGGUCCAUCUAUCUUUGGUUAA